CCUGCCGCCGCCGCCGCCAGUGCCGCCGCCAGUGCCGCCGCCGCCGCUGUGCCCUCGCCCCGGAGAUGUCCUUCCCCCAGCUGGGCUACCCGCAGUAUCUCAGCGCCAGCCAGGCGGUGUACGGGAGCGACCGGCCCGGGGUGCUGGCCGCAGCCGCCGCCGCCGCCGCCGCCGCCGCCGCCGCCUCGGGCCGGCCCGCGGGCGCGGAGCUGGGCAGCGGCUCGGCCGCUGUCACCUCGGUGCUGGGCAUGUACGCCAGCCCCUACAGCGCCCCUAACUACAGCGCCUUCCUGCCCUACACCGCCGACCUCGGCCUCUUCUCCCAAAUGGGCUCCCAGUACGAGCUGAAAGAUAAUCCGGGUGUCCACCCUGCUACCUUUGCUGCCCACACUGCCCCCGGCUAUUAUCCCUACGGACAGUUCCAGUACGGGGACCCGGGGCGGCCCAAAAAUGCCACCCGGGAAAGCACCAGCACCCUCAAGGCCUGGCUCAACGAGCACCGCAAGAACCCCUACCCCACCAAGGGCGAGAAGAUCAUGCUGGCCAUCAUCACCAAGAUGACCCUCACCCAGGUCUCCACCUGGUUCGCCAACGCCCGCCGGCGGCUCAAGAAGGAGAACAAGGUGACCUGGGGCUCCAGGAGUAAGGACCAAGAAGAUGCAAACCUCUUCGGGAGUGACAAUGAGGGGGACCCCGAAAAGAAUGAAGAUGAUGAGGAAAUCGACCUGGAGAGCAUAGACAUAGAUAAAAUCGAUGAGAACGAUGGAGAGCAGAGCAACGAGGAAGAGGAGGAGAAGCCCGAGCUCCUGAGACAAAGCAGUGAAGAGGAACACCUGGAAAAGGAGAAGGAUUUGGUGCUGUCAGGGUCGGAAGGGCUGAAACCCAAAGACGCGCUGGCCAUGGUGAAGGAGGCCUCUGACAACAGCACGCGAAUCAUCAGUCCCGGGGGACAGAACAACUUACAGAUGCCAUCUCACAGCAAACCCAAGAUUUGGUCGUUGGCAGAGACGGCAACCAGUCCUGACGGUGCCCUGAAGUCUUCUCCCCCUCCGCCCGCUCCUCCCCAGGUUAACCACACUUCUCCACAGAUCCAGCACCCCGCUUUUCUCCCUAGCCAUGGACUCUACACAUGCCAGAUUGGCAAAUUUCACAACUGGACAAAUGGGGCUUUCCUCACUCAGAGCUCCCUGCUAAAUGUGAGGUCCUUUUUGGGAGUAAAUCACCACCAUGCUGCUCAUCACAAUCACCACCUCCAGGCCCAGCAACAACCUUCUGUUUUAACAGCAACCCUGGGAGCCCUAAGCAGUGAAAAGCCUUCAGAGAGGACCAGUCCCAAACACAUAGAAAGAGAAAAUGUACCAAGAACUGAAUCCCCACCUCAGCCGCUAAAAUCGCCCUUCCAGCCUGUCCGCGACAACUCUUUGGCUCAGCAAGAGGGAACACCGAGAAUUUUAACAGCUCUCCCUUCCGCUUGAUUAAAUGGUUUGGUGAAAAAAUAUUACAGAGACUGGUAUUAAGGACAGAAAAAAAAAAAAAAAAAAAAAAAAAAAGGAAAGGAAACGAUAUGAACGACUCCCAUCAAUCUCUUUUUGCAAUAAGGUGGUGCAAAUCCAUAAAAGCGAUUACACAAAUCUGUAGAUGGAUCCCUUUCUUCAUUGUACCAUUUCAGAUCGUGUUAUUCUAACCAUUCCUGGAUUAUUUGUUUGGUAAAUGUUUCCCAUGUGUUUGUGUUUUUUCUGUAUAUAGAGUGAUUUCAGAUUGUAAAUAGCGCGUCAGCAAAACUUGUCUAAAUCAUAUAUUUUUGUCUAAUAAACUAAAUGAAAUUAUGAGCUCUCUUCAGGUAUGUAUUCUGUUGCUGCAGAUCUUAUACAUAUAUUACAAGUCUAUUCAAACAUCUAUAAUUUGUUUUCUAAAAAGCCAAGUCUUUUUGCCUUUGGGUAUCUGAAACUUCAAAUACCAAAUCCAACCUUUUAAUGACUCCUGUAGCUGUUCGAGAGCAGGCUGCGAGCUUCCCUUUUCAUACAUGUAAACUUAAGAACCUGAGUGAAGCUGGUUCUUGACUACUAAAAUUAAAGUUAUUUUUUCAAUUGUGAUGAACCAGACGUGCUCUGUAGUAUCAAUUUUCCGAACAUAAAUGGAUCUGAACUUCCACUUACGGUAUAAAAUACAUUCUUGAAAAUGAAAGGGACAAGUUUUCUCACGGUUCCCUAGUGUAUAACUUUGCUGUCCAAACCGGUUCCUAAAUUGGAUCAAGAGCUUUAGCGCUUUGGUAUACUUUCUGACCGAAGCCGAAAAAUAAUAAUAAAAAAAAAGAAAAAACAAAAAAAAAAAAGAGAAGAGACUAGGAAAUAGAAUUAUUUGUAACGAUUUAUACUUUAAAUAAACAACAGAGGAAAUAUGACUGUGAAAUAUUUUUUCCCUGUGAGAUUAAGCACAAUUUUAGCAGGAAAAAAAAAAAUAAAAAAAAUGGCAGCUCUUGCUCUUCCCAGAAGAAAGUUCUGCGAUUACGAUCUGUUGGUUAAAAAGAGGCUGAGACAAUCUAUCGGUUUAUAAAGGCAUUAAUCUUCCGAAGACGGUCCGUUAAAAUGUGUAAUAUUUUGAGUGUUUACUUCUUUUUUCUCCUAAAUGAGAACACUAAAUGAGCAUUGAGGUGCUAAUAAGAUACCAGAUGGUUGUUGAUGGUGGAAAAUGGAAAGAAGCAGCUGGGAAAGUCAUUAAGAAAUAAUGUGGUGACGCCCUAUCCAAACUGAACCAACCUCAAACCGGGACUUGUCGGAAACAAGAUGAGAUUUUCAAAUAAAAUAUUAAUAAAAUUCUUGUCAGAGAUCA